UCUCUCCAAGACACUGGGAAAGGAAGGAAGGGGAAGAAAGGGGAGGUUCUGUGAAAAUGGGUUCGAAAUUUAGGGUUCAAAAAGAUUGAAAAUCCCUUUGAAUUUGUUGGGUUCCUUAACCCUUCUCAGUUUUUACCAUUCUUCAAAAAAAAAAAAACAAGAAGGAAAAGGGAGGAAAGGUAGGACGGAAGGAAGGAAGAAGGGAAGAAAGGAAGAGAGAUUAAUCUCAUUGACCAUUACCUUCACCUUCCUCCCUCUCCUUCUUCUCUCCUUCCUGCUAUCUGCCCUAAACUUUCCUCCUCAUUAUCCAAGCUUCCCCUUCUUCUUCUUCAUCUCUCUCUCACUCAUUACGAAUAUUUAUUGGUUUCUUUCCCUGAAAGUUUUUGAUAUUUCCCCACAAGAUUUUGGGAACGGAAUAAUGGGUGUUUGUUUUUCGGCCAACAAAGUCAGUGGUUCUAAUAGCAAUACUAAUACCAAUACCAAUACCAAUACCGCCGCCGCUAAACGGAGGGCGAGCACCGCCUCCACCCAAUGGAGCACAACCGUUACUAAACAUGAUCCUUCGAGAAAUCAAAAUCUCAAGAGACCCAAUAGUCAGCAACUUAAAAUUCAGGAGAAAAACGCUUUGCGGCGGAAGAGUGGGGCGAUUCCUUGUGGGAAGCGUACUGAUUUUGGGUAUCAUAAGGAUUUUGAUGAACGGUACACGAUCGGGAAAUUGCUCGGACAUGGUCAAUUUGGUUAUACGUAUGUUGCGAUUGAUAAAGCAAAUGGGGAUCGAGUUGCUGUUAAGAAAAUUGAGAAGAAGAAGAUGGUUCUUCCCGUCGCCGUUGAGGAUGUCAAGAGAGAGGUCAAGAUAUUGCGUGAACUUACUGGCCACGAGAACGUGGUUCAGUUCCAUAAUGCAUUCGAGGAUAACUCAUAUGUUUAUAUCGCGAUGGAGUUAUGUGAAGGUGGCGAAUUGUUGGAUCGAAUCUUGUCCAGGAAGGAUAGCCGUUAUACCGAGAAAGAUGCAGCUGUAGUUGUUAGGCAAAUGCUGAAAGUUGCAGCAGAGUGUCAUUUACAUGGCUUGGUACACAGAGACAUGAAACCAGAGAACUUCCUUUUCAAGUCAGCCAAAGAGGAUUCCCCUCUGAAAGCCACUGAUUUUGGCUUGUCGGACUUCAUCAAACCCGGGAAGAAAUUCCACGACAUUGUCGGUAGUGCAUAUUACGUUGCUCCGGAAGUUCUGAAAAGGAAGUCCGGGCCAGAAUCAGAUGUCUGGAGUAUAGGGGUAAUCACGUAUAUUUUACUUUGCGGGAGGCGCCCUUUCUGGGAUAAGACCGAAGAUGGCAUAUUUAAGGAGGUGUUGCGAAACAAGCCUGAUUUUCGCCGAAAGCCUUGGCCGAGCAUCAGCGCCAGUGCCAAAGAUUUUAUAAAGAAGUUGCUCGUAAAGGAUCCCCGAGCAAGAUUAACUGCUGCUCAGGCCUUAUCACAUCAAUGGGUUAGAGAAGGCGGCGAUGCAUCGGAGAUCCCUAUCGAUAUAUCUGUUCUGAAUAACAUGAGACAAUUUGUGAAGUACAGUCGUUUUAAACAAUUUGCUCUGAGGGCUUUGGCUAGCACACUUUGUGAAGAAGAGCUUGCAGAUUUGCGCGAUCAGUUCGAUGCAAUCGACGUGGAUAAAAAUGGCUUCAUCAGCCUUGAGGAAAUGAGACAUGCCCUUGCUAAAGAUCUCCCAUGGAAAUUGAAAGAAUCUCGUGUUCUCGAAAUUCUUCAGGCAAUCGAUGUCAAUACCGACGGUCUUGUCGAUUUCACAGAAUUUGUGGCAGCUACGUUACACGUGCAUCAAUUAGAGGAACACGACUCUGCGAAGUGGCAUCAGCGAUCACAGGCAGCUUUUGAGAAAUUCGACAUAGACAAAGAUGGAUUCAUAACUCCAGAGGAAUUGAGAAUGCAUACAGGCCUAAAAGGUUCCAUCAAUCCGCUGCUUGAGGAAGCUGAUAUUGACAAAGAUGGUAAAAUAAGCUUAUCCGAGUUCAGAAGACUUUUGAGAACUGCAAGUAUUAGUUCAAGACCUCAUACUUAGACUUUCUAGUCCCCAAAAUUCGCCUAAGAUGUAUAGAUAAGAAAGCAAAGUUGGGACGAUUGGAAAGUCGGGGGGAUCAAAUAUGGCAAAUUUCAGUCAUCUUUAAGAAUUUCUACUUGCUGAGGGACCCCAGGAACUCGCUCGACCAUCUGUUCUCCGAAGCUAUCAAUGCCGAGCUUAUACGUGAACAAGUUUUUUUUUUUCUUUCAAGGACUGUGAAUACGUCGUGUAUAGGUAUAGAGUAACUAUUAUCAAGCAGGUCCAGUUGGUGUGGAAUGUAUUGUUGUCCUUUGUGUUGCUGGGGAUUCUUGGUUGUGCCAUGGAAAUGGCUUAAUUUGAUGACAAACUCUUAAAAGAAAGAAUUUGAUUGGAUUGAGUUGUAU